AUGGGCUGCUGCGUGGUGUGCAAGGAGGACCAGGCAGAAAAACCAAUAGCCAUGGUCAUCGCCUCUGCAAGUGCAUACAGGGCAGAUGUCAGGAGGUCGACGGAGCUGAAUUGGCGAAGAACCAACGCCUACAGGGAGAAAGAAGAUCAAUGGUGUUUGGAUUAUUUGGUGAGGUCGAGGGAAUUUGGUGGUAGGGGGGUUGGGUGCUUUGCGCUGGUUGGUUUGUUGGAGUGCUUCUGCAGUCGUUUUGAUGAUGCCGUUUUGUGCCGGUUGUUGCUGGCUGGUUCUCCAACAGAAACACGCUCUCUCUGUACACAACUGUUGGGUUUCUUGUCACGUCGCUUGACUCUGACAAGAAUCCCAUCAUGUUGUUACAAGUCCAUGACAUCGGACAGAGAGCGCACAGAAAGGUGGUAGACACCUUAAUUUCAAGGCAUGGGGCGGCAGCUGCAGAACAGGGUGGUGGUGGUAAUGGUAGUGGAGAAGGUGGUGGUGAUGGUGGUGGUGGUGGGGGUGAUGGCCAUUGCGCACGAAGGUUGAGGAGGAGAGUGAGAAGAGGUGGAGUACAACCAGCCCGACGAGGUGUGCUUGUGAAUAUGGAAAACCUCACCUUUCGUAUGAUUGAGGACCACCUUACGCCACUGAAUGGGCAAGCUUGUCUUGCCUCUGCAGGCAGGACUGGAAAACGACAUGAUGCGCCACCUGUGGUCAAUGUUGGACAGGACGGCGUUGAAUCCAUCAGCGCAAUCCUUCCUCAUUCACUUGAACGUAGCCAAGCAGUGCCACCAUAUUGUGUCACAAAGGUGGCUUCACGUUUCCAGAUGGAUUGCAGAGCAGAGACAAGAGAACAGAGAGAACCAGGAAUAGAACAGGCGGUUUGCUGUUUCUCUUGCCAAUGA